AGGAAGGGCUAAUUCGUGUCAGAUGGAGGGACGCGGCGGGCCCCGCGCUCGAGCCUGGCUUUUGUUCCCGGCGUCUGACUUCUGAUGGGCAGGAGUGGCCGUGGAGACGGUGCGCGCAGUCUCCUAGAGCCCUUGGGGACCUCUCGGCCUUGACCCUUUCCUGAGACUUGCACAGCAGGGAGCCCAGGAGCCAUCCGCUGCUGGGGAGCUCCCUUGGGGAGGGUCAGCAGUCCUCGUCAAGCGGGACCCCCUGCGGACGGCAGGGCGGCCAUGCGGUUGCGCGGGGCGAGAUUGGCGCGUGAGGCCGGGGCGCGCGGGCGCCGGCGCCAGCCAGAAGAAUUUACAGCAAGUCUGCACAGUUUUAAGAAAAAGGCUUUUAAAAAUUCCAAAGCCUGCGGAGUGUGCAGACAAGUCAUCGAGGGUCAAGGAAUUUCAUGCCGAGCCUGCAAGUAUUCCUGCCACAAGAAAUGUGAAGGCCAGGUGGUGACUCCUUGCUGCAUGCAAGUUCACCUGGACCAGGCUCUGGGGAGUUGUACACCAUCCGCUGCUCUCUGCUGUGAUAAGCCUUCUAGGCUCAUGGUCCUGAGCCCCGCCAUGGAGGACAGCCAUGAGUUGGACCUCACCUACAUCACAGAGCGUAUCAGCGUGUCCUUUCCCUCCAGCUGCUCUGAGGAGUCCUACCUGCACAGUCUGCAGGAGGUGACACGGAUGCUCAAGUCCAAGCAUGGGGAAAACUACUUGGUGUUAAACCUUUCGGAAAAGAGAUAUGAUCUCACAAAGCUAAAUCCAAAGAUCAUGGAUGUGGGCUGGCCAGAGCUGCAUGCACCGCCCCUGGACAAGUUGUGCACCAUAUGCAAGGCUCAGGAGUCCUGGCUGAACAGUGACCCCCAGCAUGUGGUUGUCAUCCACUGCAGGGGUGGAAAAGGACGCAUCGGAGUGGUCAUAUCAUCCUACAUGCACUUCACCAAUGUGUCAGCCAGUGCUGACCAGGCCCUGGACAGAUUUGCAAUGAAAAAGUUUUAUGACGACAAAGUUUCAGCCUUAAUGCAGCCUUCCCAGAAGCGGUAUGUGCAGUUUCUCAGUGGACUUCUGUCUGGCUCUGUGAAGAUGAAUGCCUCACCUCUGUUCCUUCAUUUUGUCAUCCUGCAUGGUGCCCCAAGCUUCGAUGCUGGGGGAGCUUGCCGACCCUUCCUGAAGCUCUACCAAGCCAUGCAACCCGUGUACACAUCUGGAAUCUACAAUGUUGGGCCAGAAAACCCUAGCAGGAUCUGCAUUGUUAUUGAACCAGCUCAGCUGCUGAAAGGAGAUAUCAUGGUGAAAUGCUACCACAAGAAAUACCGCUCGGCCACCCGUGAUGUCAUUUUCCGCCUGCAGUUCCACACUGGCGCUGUGCAGGGCUACGGGCUCCUGUUUGCAAAAGAGGAGUUAGACAAUGCCUGCAAAGACGAUCGUUUUCCUGACUAUGGGAAGAUCGAGUUAGUCUUCUCAGCUUCACCAGAGAAGAUUCAAGGGUCUGAGCACCUGCAGAAUGACCACGGGGUGAUCGUAGACUACAACACGGCAGACCCACUGAUCCGCUGGGACUCCUACGAGAACCUGAGUGCCGACGGAGAAGUGCUGCACACUCAGGGCCCGGUCGACGGCAGUCUCUACGCCAAGGUGAGGAAGAAAAGCACCUCAGAUCCCGGCAUCCCUGGCAGCCCCCAGGCUGUACCAGCCACCAGCAGCCCAGACCACGGAGACCACACCCUGUCAGUCAGCAGUGACUCGGGCCACUCCACUGCUUCAGCCAGGACAGACAAGACAGAAGAACGUCCGACCCUUGGAACCCGGAGGGGCCUAAGCCCCCAGGAGAAGGCUGAGUUGGACCAACUGCUCAGUGGCUUUGGCCUGGAAGAGUCUGGGAACUCCCUGAAGGACAUGACCGAUGGUCACAGCAAAUACAGUGGGACACGCCAUGUGGUGCCUGCCCAGGUGCACGUGAACGGAGACACCACCUUGAAGGACCGGGAGACAGACAUUCUUGACGACGACAUGCCUCACCAUGACCUGCAUAGCGUGGACAGCCUGGGCACCCUCUCCUCCUCAGAGGGGCCACAGUCAGCCCACCUGGGCCCUUUCACCUGCCACCAGAGCAGCCAGAACUCACUCCUGUCUGAUGGCUGUGGCAGUAAUAUUGGAGAGGAUCCAAACUGUGCCCUUGCUCCUGACCUUGGACUGGGCAUGGACACCCUCUAUGAGCAGGAGCAGACAUUUGGAGGCCGAGAACCCAAGCAACCACAGACUCUGCUGAGGAAACCCUCAGUGCCCACCCCAGCCCAGGCCUAUGGGCAGAGCAGCUACUCCACCCAGACUUGGGUACGCCAACAGCAGAUGGUGGCCGCUCACCAGUACAGUUUCACCCCUGAUGGGGAGGCCAGAGUGGGCAGCCGUGGUGCACCAGACAGUUCUGGCCUGGUGCAGACCCAGCCCCGGGUCCCAGUCACCCCCACCCGUGGAGCCAGUAGCAGAGUGGCAGUCCAGAGGGGCACUGGCAAUGGGCCAAAUCCCCCUGACACACAGCAGCAGCAACCCGGUCUAGGCAAAGCUCUCCAGCCCAGGUUACUAGACGACAAAGUUGUGAACGGAGCCCAUCUGGAGCUAAGUGCAGGCCCUUCCCCAGGCUCACCCACCCUUGACAUUGACCAGUCUAUUGAGCAACUCAACAGGCUGAUCUUGGAGCUGGAUCCUACCUUUGAACCCAUCCCAACUCACAUGAAUGCCCUGGGCAACCCAGCCAACGGCUCCAUGUGUCCGAACAGCGUGGGAGGUGGGCUCCGGGCGAAUGGCAGGCUUCCUGACAUGACAGAGGGCCCUGGCAGGAGUCCGGGGCGGCAAGGCUGUUCCAGUGAUGAGCCCCUGGGCGGAAGACUCCGGAAGCUGAGUCUUGGACAGUAUGACAAUGAUGCUGGGGGCCAGAUAUCUUUCUCAAAGUGUGGAUGGGGAAAAGCUGGUGCGGACCCAGCUCCAAGCCUGGCACCAUUCCCCUCUCAAGCAGACAUCAAAGAGUCAGUGAUCACUACGUAUCCUCCAGACCUUGACAUGAUCGAUGCCAGGAUUUUACAUAGCAAGGAGUCCAUGUGUCAGACCCCAGCGUUUCCUGUGUCUCCAGAAACACCAUAUGUAAAAACACCCCCACGCUACCCUCCGUUCAGCCCGCCCGAGCCCCCGCUCAGCAGCCCAGCCACUCUGCACAAAGGAGGCCAUGAACCACGAGGCUGUCCUCAGCUUCUUAGUCACACCGUGGGGAUGUCAGAGAGUCCCAUCGGAUCCAAGCCCACCAUGCUUCGGGCUGAUGUGCCCACAACACGCAGCUUUCAGCAGGCAUUUGCAUCUUCCUGCACAAUUUCAAGCAAUGGCCCUGGCCAGAGGAGAGAGAGCCUGCCUUCCGCAGAAUGCCAAUGGGGGGAGAGCAGCCCCAAGUCCACUGUCCCGCUGCUGGGGAGCAGUCGGCCCUCUGGAAGUCCCCUUGGCACCACCUCCAGCUCUGGCAAGGACUCCCCAGGCCGGUCCUGCUUCUCAUCACCAGAGCUGCAGGCUUCUUUCCAUAGCCAUGAGCUGUCCAUGGCAGAGCCGCCAGACCCUCCAAGCAGCCAGGCCUUCCAAGGCUUCAACACUGCCCAAGUGGGGAGUGGUCUUCCACCUGGCGAGGACCCGGGGGCCUUUUUGGUCAAUUCCCAUGGAACGUCGCCGGUCCCUGGCGUCCCACUGACCACGGCAGGGCCUGUCGACAGUGGCUUCCUGCCUCACAGCUUUCUCACCGUGUCACCUGGACGCAGCAGCCACCACAGCCCAGGCCUGCAGGGCCAGGGAGUGACCCUCCCAGGGCAGCCGCCUCUCCCUGAGAAGAAACGGGCCUCCGAGGGGGAUCGUUCCCUGGGCUCCGUCUCCCCGUCAUCCAGUGGCUUCUCCAGCCCUCACAGCGGGAGUUCCAUCAGUAUCCCGUUCCCAAAUGUCCUUCCGGAUUUCCCCAAGUCGUCAGAAGUACCCUCACCUUUGCCAGAUAGUCCAAGUGAUAAACUUGUGAUGGUGAAAUUUGUUCAAGACACUUCCAAGUUCUGGUACAAGGCGGAUAUUUCAAGAGAACAAGCCAUUGCCAUGUUGAAGGACAAAGAGCCUGGAUCCUUCAUCGUGAGGGAUAGUCACUCCUUCCGAGGUGCCUAUGGCCUGGCCAUGAAAGUGGCCACACCCCCUCCUUCUGUCCUGCAGCUGAACAAGAAAGCUGGAGAUUUGUCUAAUGAACUUGUCCGGCAUUUUUUGAUCGAGUGUACCCCAAAGGGAGUACGUUUGAAAGGGUGUUCAAAUGAACCAUAUUUUGGGAGCCUGACGGCUCUGGUGUGCCAGCAUUCCAUCACACCCUUGGCCCUGCCGUGCAAGCUGCUCAUUCCAGAGAGAGAUCCAUUGGAAGAGAUAACAGACAGUUCUCCCCAGACCGCGGCCAACUCAGCAGCUGAACUGUUGAAGCAAGGAGCAGCCUGCAAUGUGUGGUACUUGAACUCCGUGGAGAUGGAGUCCCUCACCGGCCACCAGGCCGUCCAGAAAGCCCUGAGCAUGACCUUGGUCCAAGAGCCUCCCCCAGUGUCCACAGUGGUACACUUCAAGGUGUCUGCACAGGGCAUUACCCUGACGGACAAUCAGAGGAAGCUCUUCUUCCGAAGACAUUACCCUGUGAGCAGCGUGAUCUUCUGUGCCUUGGACCCGCAAGACAGGAAGUGGAUCAAAGACGGCCCUUCCUCCAAAGUUUUUGGAUUCGUGGCUCGGAAGCAGGGCAGCACCACCGACAAUGUGUGCCAUCUGUUUGCAGAGCAUGACCCUGAGCAGCCCGCCAGUGCUAUUGUCAACUUUGUGUCAAAGGUCAUGAUCGGCUCCCCAAAGAAGAUCUGAGAGCCCCUUGAGCCCAGACCCACCAGGUUGCCUCUUGAGGCCUUGAGAUGGCAGUGGGGUGAGGUGGGGACCCCGCUUUGUACCAAACUGAUAAUCCUGACAUUCCAGGCCCGGGAGGGCAAUCUGCAAACUCUACAAAAGCAAGGACAGUGUCACCAUGAAUUGGCCUUUCCUGAAAGAAACUUCUUAUCUGAUACAUCUUUGGAGCCAGGCGUUUUUUGGGUGAAGGAGCUUGGCCUAGGGUGUUCCUGGGGCAUGGAAAAGAGAGAACAGAGGCGGGAUGGGGACUGAGUUCCUGGCCCACCAGCAUCUGGGAGGAUGAGACACACCUAACCCGCUCAGCAGGGACCCAAGUGACUACUGCACCUGCCCUUGGCAGAAGAAAUCCUGUCCGGUUGACACCCCAGGCAGACUGCCUCCCUCACUUGAUAUCUUCCCACACCAUAGAUGCUGAUGAAACAGAAGGGGACGAAUGUUUGACGAAGGUUCGUGCAGGUCAAACCCUUCCGGAUCACGGCAGGGACAUGAACCAGAGGAGCUAUGAAGAUGAGGGUGGCAGGUUCCUCUGGCAUUUUGGAUGAGUCUGCAAUGCCAGAGAGCCCAGGGCACUCUGAGGAAAAAGGAGAAGAUGGAAGGACAAAUGCCAUUUCUAUAUAAUUUAUAUUUUAUGUAUGCCAAAUUAUUUAUAACAGUUUGCCCUUGCUAUAUUGUACCAGUGUCAAAUGCUGCAGCUGGAUAAGCUGUGAUUUUCAGGAGGCUUUGGCCUGUAGGAUGUACCAUGAUAACCCCUGUCCCCCCGACACUAAGGCAAGCAAGUGGUUUCAGGCUGACAUGAUAAAGUCCCCCUCCUUGCAGUGAGGCUAGGAGGUGGUGUUUGCUUCAAGCAGCCUAUCCCACACUUUACUUAUUGAAAAUGUCUUUUCCAGAUGGUCAAUGACUUAAUUCCUGACGGCAAUGUCCAGAGGGGUGGGGACGCCAGGUUUUACCUCAGUGUCCCCUACCGAGGGGUGCUGGGAUUGUCUGCAGACUUGUGCAGCCUGGCACAUCUGGCCUUUGUAAGCUGUCACCGUGCUGCUCCUGGCAGUACCUGCUGGUAUGACACGUUGGAACAGAAGGAAGGAUGGGGAGAAAGAGUAAGAAUCCCAUUCCUUCAAGGCAAUGUGUGGUGCCACUUUGCCGCUUCCUCCUUGUCACCGCAUCGGGUGCAUUUGUUCAUAUUUACAUACGUUUCUCAGUGCUACAGUUUUAUCACCCACAGCUGUCAGUGGUCACAAUUCGGGAGAAGCCAGUGACUCUAGCACUUCCCAAAGUGAGAGAUGUCACUGGGCUUUGUAGAGACAAAGAAGGCUUGAGUCUCCUUCCCUCAGAAGCCAGCGUAGUCUGUGGGAACUCCAAGCAUCUCCCUUGUGACCCAUCCUGAAAUUCCCUUUCUUUUCUGCUGCCAAAAGGCCAGUCCUGGCUUAUAAAUGGACACAGCUGUCACAGGCCACAGUUAUCAGGCUGGGGUUUGGGAAUGUACUUGGUGGAUUCUCUGUUUUAAAGUGAGGGGCAGAAGAAGAUGCAGCUAUGUGCAGAGUUGGAACCAGCCGGAUGACGGUGGGUGUCCUAGGUGCACGUUGGUGAGUGUGUGUGUGAGCGUGCCUGUGUGCGUGUGAGUGUGUGCAGGUGGACCUCUCCACUUUUUAGCUCCUAUUGAUGCACCAAACGCAAGUGCCUCGUUUUUGUGCCAAAUGUUUGCCUUGGUCUUCGCAGACCUCUUUGCAGGACACACAGUGGCGUGGCUGUUAGAGAAACUGUGCUGGCAUUCCCUGGAGACCCUGAUGUCUGCCACAGAGACUCCUAGCAUUUCAGUUUUUUUUCAUCCACUACAGGAAUCCCCCAGUAAGGGGAGCUGAGUUUUUGUAUUGUCCUCAAGAAGUACCAUGUCAAGUGAUGGUUUUGACCCAAAGACCACAGGCCUUUUCCUUCUGCUGGAGGCAGAGAGGGCCUGAGGAGAGAGCUCAGAGCAAGGCUGGAGCACAACCUGCAGAUGACCUGUAGAGAGAGAGACAUUGGGGUCUUUGCGGAAUGCCACAAGAAAGCAAAAGCUGCACCAACUGGUUAUUGAAACUGACCGACCGGGUAUGACUUUGUAUUCAAAGUAAAAGUGGUCAAGGGUGUUAAGGAAUUCACUCCCUCCGAGGAACCAUGGGAAGGCCCAUUCACAUGAUUUCCCGUGAACUGGUACGACAGGCUUCCUGUGUAAGGAACAGAACAGAACAGAAGAAGUCCAUGUUGUCACAGACUACACCAUGGCAGCAGAAAUAUUCCCAAGGCAUUUUGCCCCUGGAGCUCCAGUUGGGCAUGCGCACACAGACACUGUCCUGGGAGUGAGUUUGAAAUACCAACGCCCAACACUUAACGAUAGCCAGGGUCCUACUAACCUACUUGUUAAAGGUGGUGUCUGUUUCUCCAGUGUUAAAGCUAUAGCCAUGUUAACAGUCACACUGCAUUUAUCCUCGGUGUCAGAGACCUUGUAACGUCUCCUCAUCUGCCUUACCUGUUAGUGCAUAUUUUUACUUUUCUGAUAUUGUAAAGAAUAUAUAUCCAGUAUGUAAAUGAAUGUUCUAUCAAUCCUUUGUAUAGUCAUUUUCUCUGCUCUUUAAAUAUCAUCUCUAUUCAGAGUAUAAUAAAAAUUAUGACCUUGGUAAGCCUCGUGAGACAACAUCUGUGCAUCUCUAU